CUUUAAACAACUCAAACUUCCUGGAAACAGACUGUGUACAGCAAUUUUGAGAAGUAGGUAAACCGAAUCUAACAUCACUAUCCAGCGGUGUAUGUAGCGAACAAGUGGCUUGAAUUUAGGCGUCAGAGGAAAUUGCCGUUUCACUGAUAAACCCACACUGCAGCAGGGACGUAUGCUGUUUCAUAAGGAUUCCCUCGGUUUCCAGAUAUAACCAUGGUUUUGUGGCUUAAACUCUUGGCAUUUGGCCUUGUCCUGCUGGACCUUGAUGUCUUCGUCACAGGGCAAACCACAAGCCUGCCUUCUAAUGGAUGGAAUACAUCGGAAACACCAAACGCUUCAACUCCCACCGGCCCCCAAACUCCACGCUCCACUACAUCCUUACCCACAAACACAACGGAAAGAGAACCCAUUUCUGCAGACACCACCUCUACUCUCGACCCAAAUAUUACUUCAACCAAAAUGCCAUUUGACUCCACUAAUUCCACCAGUGCUCUGAGCACUGAGAUUACAGGGCAGAAUGCGCUGGAAACAUCAAACGCUUCAACUCCCACUGGUCCCCAAACUCCACGCUCCACUACAUCCUUACCCGCAAACACAAUGGAAAGAGAACCUGUUUUUGCAGGCACCACCUCUACUCUCGAUCCAAAUGUUACUUCAACCAAGAUGCCAUUUGGCUCCACUAAUUCCACCAGUGCUCCCAGCACUGGGAUUACAGGUUCUUCACUCUCAAUCAGCCCUCACUUUUCCACGCAUGCAGACUCUUCCAAUCCUCCAAAUGGAUCUGUCAUCCAAGCAUACAGCAGCAGCCCUGCUGUCCUUCCCACACACACUCCUACCAGCCACAGGCCCACUUCACCAGACACGGGUGCACUCACCACCUCUCCCGCAAGCUCAAUCUCCAUGCAGAACCAAGACUCGAGUCCAUCACCCACAAGCACUGGGUCAAUUAUCUCACUCACUCCCACCAUCAACAUCACAAUUAACACUUCAGACGGUAACCUUACUACCAUCUCACCAGCCUCACUGGACAUUUCAGCAAGCACCGCACCUGCAAGCAUUACACCUGCCAUGAGCUCAACUCCAGACAGUUCCACAGUUUUAGCGUCACCAACUCCCAAGUCAUGUGGUAUAGAAUUUGAUGUUAACAUUGAAGAGUACAGAUACAAUGAGAACAGUCACUCAUAUGAAGCAGUUCUGCCAAACCAUCAUCAUCAAAACGUGACCCUGAUUCCUUCGCAGAAUUUGGUUUUCAGAGAGGAAGGGAACAAAAUAAUUUUUAGCCUAAAACCAUGCCAGAAUUUCACAAUUGUAAUAAAAAAUUCUUCAUGCCAAGAUUCAUUUUCUAAAGUUGCACCUCCUGAUCUGGAAGAACUACAUUUCAAUAAUACAGUGGCCAAUGAAAAAGCAAACACUUCCAUUGUUAUUGAAUGGAAUAGCAUGCUCCAAGGUUGCUCUUCAGGAGGUCACCUUAAUCUUACUUGUGUUCCAAAUGGGACCAUUUCUAAAGAAAACGUUUUUUCUGUGGACAUCUUUUGGAAUGAUAUACUCCAGAAUUCCAGUUCAAAUGACAAAAAUAUAUAUCGUGAUAAUCCAGGUCAAGAACGCAGGACACAAGAAAACUUGACCCCGAAUACAAAUUUUACAUGCACAGCAUUUUAUGAUGGAGCAAAAAUUGCCCCAAACAAAAAUUUUAAAACAGACUUUGGUGACCCAGAAAGGCCUCAAAUUAGUGAAUCGUAUGCUGAAGAAAAUGAUAUUAUUAUUAAAUUGGACCAUUCCAUAAAUACCAGCAGUGGCCCUAUUCACCGAUAUGUAAUUUGGGAUAUAGGAAAUACUGUGACUGCGACCUAUCAACCACAAACAGAUGAAGGCAAGUAUACACUGAAAAACUUAAGUUAUUACAAGAAUUAUACCUUGCUAGUAAAAGCCUCCACCUGUGGGAAAAUAGAACGUUUUGGACCUCCUCAAACAACUACAGUUGAAAUACCUGCAGGAAAACCUGGUAAUAUUCAAGAAGAUAAGAUAAAACUGUUAUCAGACAACAGCAUGGAGAUAACUUGUAAGAAAUCCAUAGAAUUUAAAGGUCCUAAAAAUCUCUUUAUAUUGACAUAUGUAAUGGAUUCAAAAAACAUUGAAAUGAUGAAUUCCAACUGCACUUUUACUGUGGAAGGUCUUCGAUAUUUGACAACAUACAAGUUUACUAUCACGGCUUACAAUGGAGUGAAUAAAGGAGACCCAUGCAUAAAAAUUGAAAAUACAAAAUACAAUUCUCAAGCACUGAUCACAUUCCUGGCAUUCUUGAUUAUUGUGACAUCUAUAGCCUUGCUUAUAGUUCUUUAUAAAAUCUAUGACCUGCACAAAAAAAGACUGAGCAGUUCAGAUGAGUGCAUAGUUCUUGUGGAAAGAGAUGAUGAUAAACAGCUGAUGAACGUGGAGCCCAUUCAUGCAGAUAUAUUGCUGGAAACGUAUAAAAGAAAGAUUGCAGAUGAAGCAAGACUAUUUCUAGCUGAAUUUCAGAGUAUUCCGAGAGUGUUCACUAAAUUUGCCAUCAAGGAUGCACGCAAAUCUUUUAACCAGAACAAAAAUCGUUAUGUUGAUAUUCUUCCUUAUGAUUAUAAUCGUGUUGAACUUGCAGAAUUAAAUGGAGAUGUAGGAUCAGACUAUAUAAAUGCAAGCUAUGUUGAUGGCUUCAAAGAACCAAGGAAAUACAUUGCCGCACAAGGCCCCAAAGAUGAAACUGUUGAUGAUUUCUGGAGGAUGAUCUGGGAGAGGAAAGUAACUAUCAUUGUCAUGGUGACUCGCUGUGAAGAAGGAAACCGGAACAAGUGUGCAGAGUACUGGCCCACCACGGAGGAGAACUCCAACACCUAUGGAGAAAUAGCAGUGAAGAUCAGUGACUAUAAGAGAUGUCCUGAUUACAUCAUUCAGAAAUUCAACAUUACAAAUAAAAGGGAAAAGACAGUAGGCCGAGAUGUGACCCACAUCCAAUUCACUAGCUGGCCAGACCACGGUGUUCCUGAAGAACCUCACCUUCUCCUCAAGCUGCGGAGACGAGUCAAUGCUUUCAGCAACUUUUUCAGUGGUCCCAUCGUUGUCCAUUGCAGUGCUGGGGUCGGCCGCACUGGAACCUACAUUGGAAUUGACGCCAUGUUGGAGGGACUCGAGGCUGAAAACCAAGUGGACGUUUACGGUUAUGUGGUCAAGCUCCGGCGUCAGAGAUGCCUGAUGGUCCAAGUGGAGGCCCAGUAUAUCCUGAUUCACCAAGCUCUAGUGGAGUACAAUCGGUACGGGGAAACAGAAGUGAAUAUUUCAGAACUGCAUAGACACCUAAAUUACAUGACUAUGAGAGAUCCACCCAACGAACCAUCCCCGCUGGAGGCCGAGUUCCAGAGACUUCCAACGUAUACAGUUUGGCGCUCACAAAACUUUGGAAAUCAAGAAGAAAAUAAAAGUAAAAAUAGGAAUUCCAAAAUAAUUCCAUAUGACUACAACAGAGUUUCUCUUAAACAUGAACUGGAGACAAGUAAGGAGAGUGAACAUGAAUCAGAUGAAUCAUCUGAUGAUGACAGUGAGUCUGAGGAGUCAAGCAAAUACAUCAAUGCUUCUUUCAUAACUAGCUACUGGAAACCAGAUGUGAUGAUUGCUGCCCAGGGGCCACUUAAGGAAACAGUUGGCGAUUUCUGGCAAAUGAUCUUUCAGAGGAAAGUCAAAGUUAUUGUUAUGCUGACAGAUCUACAAGAUGGAGAACAGGAACUCUGUGCACAGUACUGGGGAGAAGAAACACAAACAUAUCAAGAUGUGGAAGUUAACAUGACAGAUGUAAACCAGUGUACAUCAUACACCAUCCGGGCAUUUGAACUGAGACAUGCAAAGAGGAAAGAUGCCCGAACCGUUUUCCAGUACCAGGUUAACGACUGGAAAGGGGAAGAUCUUCCUGAAGACCCCAAGGGAUUAAUCACUAUGAUUCAAAACCUCAGAAAUAAGCUCCCGAAGAAACCUGUCUCUGAAGGGAACAAAUAUCAUAAGGGUGUUCCUCUUCUGAUCCACUGCAGGGAUGGAUCCCAACAAACAGGGACAUUUUGUGCUUUGUUGAACCUUUUGGAAAGUGCAGAGACAGAAGAAGCAAUAGAUGUUUUUCAGGUCGUGAAAUCCCUGCGUAGAGCAAGGCCAGGAAUGGUUACUUCCUUUGAGCAUUAUCAGUUCCUCUAUGAUAUCAUAGCCAGCAUCUACCCAGCCCAGAAUGGGCAAGUGAAAAAGAGCAGCAUCCAAGAAGAGAAAAUUGAAUUUGACAAUGAAGUGGACAAGCCUAAAGAGGAUGUUAAUUCCAUUAGCACACCUCCCGCCUCUGCUGCACAGUUAGAAGAAGCCGAGGAGUCAGAAGAUUCCAAAUCUACAGGUGGCUCUAAAGGGACUGAAAGCUCGUCAAAUGGCCCCAUGACCCCCACUUUAAAGGAGAAUGCGUAGAAGGGUCUGGGACAGGUAGGGGUGGGGUCGGGUGGUGAGGGUGGAUGUGGGUUGGGUCGCUAAAAUUGCAAAUUUACUUGUUUUUCUCUGUUGUGCUGCAAAAUGUAAGCUUUGUUACCAUGUCCAACUCAAAAUAUAAUACUUGAAGUAUUUGGAUUACUGCAAUGCACUGAACUGCUGGAAAUUGCAUUGGGGGAAAUCUUUUCUUUUAAGUAUUGACAAACGGAUGAAAGAAUUUCUUUGUACAGUCAUGCCUAUUAUGAAAUAGGGUUAGCUAAAUGUUAUAAAAGGUUUUUUUUCUUACUUUGAAAUAAAGUAUCAGCAGGUAUUAAACUGCCUUUAAGAAAAAUAUGAUGCCUUGAAACUAGAUGUUGCCCAAAGGACAAAAUAUGACAAUUUGAAGGGGGCAGGUUACAGAUAUUAUAAACUCUUAGAAUUAUGUGUAAGAUAUGUGUAGGAAUUAAUGAAAAUGUUCAGAUUGUCCUCAAGAUGUCCCCAUUGUUUCACAAAGUAGCUUAUCUAAAUAUUUGACUCACAGAGUAUCUGUCUUAGAGGAACAAAGCAUGUUGCUAUUUAGACUUCAGGAAAAUUAGAUAUAUUAACAUUGACAGUCUUUCCCAUCAUAUGUUAGCAUUUAGCCCAAUCUUUUUCAUGCCCAUUUAACCUAAUUUAAUGUUUUUCUAGAUGAGUAUAAUGUUGCUGCAUUUUUUAAUGGUAUAUGUUCGACGUAGACUUUUAUUCACUGUACAGACUAGGGGUUCCAUAAAUUCAUAAUUUUUCUAAAGAUUACUGGUAUGCUACUAUCUGAGCAACUUAAACAAUUUAAAGUGAACCAACAGCAAUAUGUAGUAUAAUAGACCAGAACAUUUGUAUUUGAAAGUAAAAUACUGGUAGUUUCCUCAGAAAAUAUUCUUUACCCCUGUUUGCACAGCUAGUAGAGGCAAAGUCUAAGUCGAUAUGGCUUACAUUUGCCUUCUUGUUGAAAUCUAGUUCACUGUCUUAUAUCUGUGCUCAGAAUUCUUCAUUGGCUAAAAUCCCCUUUCCUUAAAAUAUAUAGUUAUCCAGGAAUAUUAAUGUAUUGAGUCUUGUUUAUUUUUGACAUGUCGAAUAAGACAGUUGCAUUUACUUAUGCUGAGAAAAUGUUCAAAAUGUUAUUAAACCAUUUCUUUUGUGUAUCACGAUUCAUGAUGUAUAUGUUUCACUCAUACUUAAUAUACUUAAUGUUUACUAAGAUUAA